AUGGGUAUGAUUCAGCCACGAACUCAAUCGCAAGCACAAGCGGUGAACCGGCACCCGUUGGACCUUCUACUCGACCUGGCCAUCAACUGGCGAAUGGGACCACUGAGCGUGCAGGCCACAGUGCAUCUCGGUAGAAACCAAUGGGUCCUCAUCCUCAAGCCUGUUCUUAGUGUAUGGCGCGCGCUGCUUGAUGGAGAGGACUUCAUGUUUCUAGUGGACCAGCAUGUUACGCUUCUCGAUGCACAACGUCCUAGUAGUUGGCUUCAGUGGAAUGAGACCGUGGCGGCCCUUCGCGCAGCCACCUCUGGAACCAUUGUAACGAGUGCGUCGGAUGAGGUGGCAGGCGCUGUUUCUGGCUUGGACGACCUGACGCGGUGGCUUCCCAGAGGCGUGUGGCUUGACUUUAUCAAUGCCCACUUCAGACCCGAACUGACAUUCGACAAGAGCGAUCCAGUUAUCGUGUACGAGACGCCGGCAAUGGUGAAUAUCGGCAACGUCUUCAAGCCGAGAAGUUUAAAUACUCUUUCGGAGGUGUUCUCCUGGCUUGUCCUGGAGACGUACCUCGGCGUCAUCGUUACGCAAUAUAAGGCGCGCGAUACAGUGGACAAGACGUGGUUGACCGAGCACAAUUGUCUGUCGCACACUAGCUCGUCUUUGGGACUGCUAAGUGUUCGGUGGUACCUCCAGCGGAAGUUUCCCUCGUGGAGACGGCAAUCUGUAGACACGUUUCUUAAACACAUACGCACUACGUGGGCUUUGAAUGUGGAAGACGCUCCGUGGAUUGACGAUGAUUCAACGCGUUCAACACUGCAGAAGGUACGAGCGCUUAAGACGGUACUCUGGCCUGGCGAUGAAUUUUUUGACAGACAGUCCAGUGAAGCUCUGUACGGCAUCUUUCCUGACAUGGACAAGCCGUUUGCGGCUAACCUGAUUGAAAGCGCGCUUGCGCUGCGACGACUCGUUAAUAACUCACUCUACGCAGACGUAUACACGAAGCAAUUCGCUGUCGAGUCCGACGUCGUCGCGUACAAGUACCACCUCAACGAAGCCCACAUCGCACUGGCAGCGCUUAACCCUCCGGUCUACUACGACGUAGAAAUGUUCGCAAUGACGUACGGAGGCCUGGGUUCGCUUUACGCCAAGGAAGUGUCGAAGAUGUACGACUCUACUGGAAGAUCUUUGGAUGCGAACGGAGAGCUGCGGGCUACCGUGUUCACCGAGGAGUUGCCCGAGUACAAGGAGAAAUUUCGCUGCAACGUUACGAGCCGCUUCCCGUCUUACGGAUAUUUCGUUCACAUUUCCGGUCUGGAGACGACUUUCGAGUCGUACAACGUCGCCGUGUCGAGGGAUUCGCGGAACUACGACUACAGGUUGGAGACCCUAGGAGAGUACAGCAGCGACCAGGUUUUCUUCAUGACUUACUGCCACAUUCUGUGCGCGCCUCGAACUGACUAUUCCGCUGAGCAAUAUUGCAACGUCCCGCUUCGCAACUUCAAACCAUUCGCGGAAGCCUUUCACUGUCCCGUGGGUUCGUACAUGAACCCCGAAAAGAAGUGCACCUUGUUUGCCGCGGAAAAGAAGCAUGACGGGGGAGACUCGUGGCUGCUUUCCGGUAGUAUACUUUGA